AGCUGGACACUCCAAGGAUAAGUUUCAGCCGGGCUAGUCCAGGCUGCCCCCUCCCACCUCGGGCAGGGGUUCUGAAGUCCCAGUGCCUCUCUGGGGCAUGUCCAGUCCCCCUCCAUCUGCCUCGGUUAGGCAUGGCCUCCCAGCCCAGCUGGACAUUAGUGACCAUGUCCUUGACUCCCUCAUGGCUGCCUGGUCGCUUCCUGUUCUCAGUAGGCAGUGAGGGAAUGAGUAUGGGGUUGUGGGGUGGUGAGGAGGGGCGUAUGCUGGGGAGGGGUUGCAGAGCUGUUGGCCAGGUUUAUGCCCUGGGGAUGGGUUUCUGAGGUCCCUGCCUUCUGUCACCAUGGAGAAUUGGAAACAAGCCCUUCUUCCCAGUGAUUCCUCUUUUCCCUUUUGUAUUUCUCAUAAGACUCCUUGAAGGGCUGCCUCUUUGAUGCGUGUUAUCUCCUCCACCCCUCCUCCCACCCAUGUGCACAUGUUUUGAUGCAUUGGAGGGUGAAGGGUGGGGUGGUCCAGAAGCUUCUUUCUGGCUGCCUCUGCCCCUCCUGGACUGAUCUGGAUGCAGCAUCCAGAAUAAUUUUGACACCUGCAGCACCUUUCACUUAUGACGCAGUCUCAGUCCCAUCAAGAGGGGCAGUGUGGUGUAAACGUGAGCCCAGCCUCGUGUGUCUCCUGCUUCACUCUUCCCAGGCGGAGAUUCGGGACGAGGACAAGAGCCCCCCACCGUCCUCGCCCCCUCCCCUGUUCUCUGUCAUCCCAGGAGGCUUCAUUAGACAGCUGGUCCGGGAGACUGAGAAAGAGUCCAAGGAAGCAAGACAGAGAAAAGAGACAGCGCUUGCCUCUCCGGAACGAGAGACCCCAGAAAUUCCCUUCAACCAGACCAACAGCACCAAAUCUGGAAGCCAACAAAUCUCAAGCUCUUCCCAGAGCGCAGACAUUCUGGGCAGGAAGAGCGAGGGGGCCGGCACCGUGGACCCCAUGCUGAUGACCAGCAUCAAUGGCGAGAGGCCCCAGGAGUCGGGCCCCAGCGGGACACCAGCCAGAAAACCCCUGCCCUUCAAGAGGGGGGUGAGGAGGGGCGAUGUGUUGCUGAUGGUGGCCAAGCUGGACUCGGACUCAGCCAGGCCGGAGCAGAGGACCCAGCCCCGUGGGGCACCCACUUGCAAGACCCCACCCCCAGCCACAGACCCUGGGGUUGAAAAGAAAGGGGAGACCUCAGAGACUCCUUGUGGCCCCCAGGCCAGCACCAAGGAUGCAGCUCCGAAGGCUGAGAGGACCCAGGCUGGGGGUCUUGGGGACCUGGGAACUGUGUUACCGACAGAAGGCGAGAAGGAUCAAGGCACAGUGAGGAAGGGGGGCGGGGCCCCACAGACCAAAGGGGUGAAAGGGGGUGAACUCCAGGGCAAAGAGGGGCCAGGGGAGGGGGGUCAACCAGGGACAGUGGAGAAACGGGGAGGGGACCCCUCAAGCAAGGUGGCAAAGGGGAAUCUCUCCCAGGAGGCUGCCGGUGAAAGGAAGUGGGCUGGGGCCAGAACCCAGGUGAGAAGGUGGGGAGUUUCCCUGGGCAGAAGAAGCAGGUGGGACGGUCCCCAGAGUAAGAAGGACAAAGAAGGUGUGCUCCUAAGUCAGGCAAACAAGACCGAGGAGCUUCAGGCCAAGGCAGAGAAGGUGGGCACAGCACAAGGACAGGUGGGAGAAGCUCCCGGAGCAAUGGAGAGAGCAGGUCAACCCCAGGGUGAGAUGGAAAAGGUAGGGCAGCCUCAGAGCAGGUCUGAGGAGGCAGGGAAAGCUGGAAGGAAGACAGAGAAGGGCUCUCAAGCCCCAAAGGAGAUGGAUGCACGUGGAGAGACGCCGGCAGCAGCCGGGAAGGAGGACCAGCCUGAAAGCAGAGGGCAGGAAGCAGAGGAGCCCUGCACUAGCACCGGUGAUGGGGGCCCAGAGCUGGAGAUGGAAGGACCUAGAAAGCCUGCUCUGGAGAGCUGUGCAGAAAGGCCCGAGAUGAAGAGCCGAGAGGGGCCAGCCCUGCAGGAGGGGAGUGGAGGCGGCCAGAGCAGAGUCUCGGACCAGGCUCCUGAGGACAGAUGGUACGAGGCAGAGAAAGUCUGGCUGGUUCAGAAGGAUGGAUUUACUCUUGCGACAGUGCUGAAGCCAGAUGAGGGAACAGCCGACCUGCCGGCAGGAAGGGUGCGACUUUGCAUUGAUGCUGACAAAAGCAUCACCGAGGUGGAUGAGGAUCAACUUCACCGGGCCAACCCCCCCGAGCUGGACCAGGCGGAUGACCUGGCCUCCCUGGUCAGUGUCAAUGAAUCCAGUGUCCUGAACACACUCCUGCACCGCUACCGGGCUCAGCUUCCGCACACCUGCGCUGGGCCUGACCUGAUCGUCCUCCAGCCACGGGGGCCCCCGGUACCUUCUGCAGGCAAGGUGCCCAGGGGCCGCCGGGAUGGCUUGCCUGCCCACCUCAACUCCCUGGCCCAGCGGGCGUACUGGGCUAUGCUGAGCCAGAGGAGAGACCAGAGCAUCGUGGCCCUGGGCCGCAGCGGAGCUGGGAAGACCACCUGCUGUGAGCAGGUCCUGGAGCACCUGGUGGGGAUGGCGGGCGGUGUGGACGGCAGGGUCUCAGUGGAGAAGAUUCGAGCCACUUUCACCGUCCUUCGGGCCUUUGGCUCUGUGUCCACCAGUCACAGCCGCAGUGCCACCCGCUUCGCCAUGGUGAUGUCGCUGGACUUCAAUGCCAUAGGCCGAGUCACAGCUGCUCAGCUCCAGACCAUGCUUUUGGAGAAGAGCCGUGUGGCGCGGCAGCUGGAAGGGGAAGGCAGUUUUGAGGUUUUCUCCCAGAUGCUAGCUGGACUGGACCUGGAUCUCAGGACAGAUCUGUACCUGCACCAGAUGGCAGACAGCAGCUCCUUCGGCAUGGGUGUGUGGCCUAAGUCUGAAGACAAGCAGAGGGCUGCGGCCGCCUUUGCCCAGCUCCAGGGCGCCAUGGAGACGCUGGGCAUUUUGAAGAGCGAGCAGAGAGCCAUUUGGCGAGUGCUCGCAGCCAUCUACCACCUGGGCGCGGCGGGGGCCUGCAAAGUGGGCCGGAAGCAGUUCAUGCACUUUGAGUGGGCAAACCACGCAGCAGAGGCCCUGGGCUGUGACUAUGAGGAGCUGAACACGGCCACCUUCAAGCACCACCUGCGGCAGAUCAUUGAGCAAGUGACAUCUGGGCCGAGCCGACGGAGCCCAGACGACGAGGAUACCAGCUCAGGGCUCAAGAUGACGGGUGCGGAGUGUGUGGAGGGCAUGGCCGCAGGCCUGUACCAAGAGGUCUUUGCCGCUGUGGUCUCUCUCAUCAACAGAUCCUUCUCCUCCCAGCACCUCUCCAUGGCCUCCAUCAUGGUGGUGGACUCUCCAGGCUUUCAAAACCCCCGGCACCAGGGCAAAGACAGGGCCGCCAGCUUCGAGGAGCUGUGCCACAAUUACAUCCACGAGCGCUUGCAGCUGCUUUUCUACCAGCGGACCUUUGUCUCAACGCUGGAGCGAUUCCGGGAGGAGAACGUUCCUAUGUCAUUUGAUCUCCCGGAGCCAUCACCAGGGGCGACAGUGGACCUUGUGGAUCAGAGUCCCUCACAGGUCCGCUUACUGGCUGGAGGAGGUGCUGAGGACGCCAGGGGCCUUUUCUGGGUCCUAGAUGAGGAGGUCCGGGUGGAGGGCUCCAGUGACGGCGUGGUGCUCGAGCGCCUCCGGGCGGCCUUUGAGAAGAAAGAAGCAGGAGCCGAAGGGACCUCUGCCCUUCGGACCUGCGAGCAGCCUCUCCAGUGCGAGAUUGCCCAUCAGCUGGGACGUGACCCCGUGCGCUACGACCUCACGGGCUGGCUCCACAGGGCCAAGCCCAACCUGUCGGCCCUGGACGCCCACCAGGUGCUACAGCAGUCCAGAAGGGAGGAGCUGAGGGAUCUGUUCCAGUCCCGGGCCAAGCUGUCCUCUGUGUGCCGGGCUGUGGCCGGCCUAGAGGGCACCUCCCAGCAGGCCCAGCAGAGGAGCUGCAUGGUGAGAAGGACAUUUGCUAGCAGCUUUGCAGCGGUGAAGAGGAAAGCCCCGUGCUGCCAGAUCAAGCUCCAGAUGGAUGCAUUGAUCAGCAUGAUCAGACGGUCUCAAUUACACUUCAUCCACUGCCUGGGUUCAUGUUCUUGGGAACGCAUUUGGGAAAUGCUGAUUGAACCCAGUCUCCCAAAUUUGCAAAUGAGGAAACUGAGGCCCCCAAAGUGGUUCCACAUGGCAAUUGGAGUGAGGAGCCAGGCUGGGAGCGGGCUCCGGUGCCCCUGUGCUCCUCACCGAGUCUGUGCUCUGCUCCUGCUGCUUCCCACCCCAGGCUAUGCUGACCACAUGGGGCUCACCCAGUUCCGCCGAAGAUUCCAGGUGCUGGACCCUCUACUCAUGAAGAAGCUCCUGUCGGCCCCCGAGGGCAUAAACGAGAGGAAGGCCGUGGAGGAGCUCCUGCAGACCCUGGAUCUGGAGAAGAAGGCAGUGGCCGUGGGGCACAGCCAGGUCUUCCUCAAGGCAGGCGUGGUCUCCAGGCUGGAGAAGCAGCGGGAGAAGCUGGUGUCUCACAGCAUCGUCUUGUUCCAGGCGGCCUGCAGGGGCUUCCUGUCUCGCCAGGAAUUCAAGAAGCUGAAGAUUCACCGGCUGGCUGCACGGUGCAUCCAGAAGAACAUGGCUGUGUUCCUGGCGGUCAAGGACUGGCCGUGGUGGCAGCUCCUUGGUUCCUUGCGGCCUCUGCUGAGUGUCACCAUUGGGGAGGCUCAGCUCCGAGCCAAGGAGGAGGAGCUUACAACGCUGAGACAGAAGCUAGAAAAGUCGGAGAAGUCUCGGAAUGAACUCCGGCAGAACACAGACCUGCUAGAGAGCAAGAUUGCUGAGUUAACCACAGAGCUGGCCGAUGAGCGCUUCAAAGGGGACAUGGCCUGCCAGGUGCUGGAAAGUGAGCGGGCAGAGUGGCUGCGGGCCUCCCGGGAGGUCCAGGAGCUAAAGAGCAAGUAUGAGCAAGUCCAGAAGAGCUUGAGAGAAGUGGAGAAGCAUUUGGAAGAAGCCCAGCAGAAAAUUCAGUUGAAUGAUUUGGAAAGGAGUCGCACUGGAGGAGCAGACGAGUGGCAGAUGCGCUUCGACUGUGCUCAGAUGGAGAACGAGUUCCUCAGAAAGCGUCUCCAACAGUCGGAGGAGAGGCUGGACUCAGAGCUGGCGUCUCGGAAGGAGCUGGAGCAGAAGCUCGGGGAGCUGCAGACUGCUUACGAGGGGGCCAAGAAGAUGGCCCACCAGCUGAAGAGGAAGUGCCGCCAUCUGACCUGUGACCUGGAGGACACCCGCUUCCUGCUGGAGAGCCAGCAAAGCCGGAACCACGAGCUUGAGAAGAAGCAGAAGAAGUUUGACACGCAGCUGGCCCAGGUCCUGGGCGAGUCCGUGUUUGAGAAGGGCCUCCGCGAGAAAGUGACCCAGGAGAACACCAGUGUGCGGUGUGAGCUGGGCAGGCUGCAACAGUGCCUGGAGCAAAAGGAGCAAGAAACCCUGCAGCUGAAGCGGGAGGUGGAGAUGCUGCAGGCCCAUAAGCAGGAACUGCUGGGGUCCCCCUCUGUGGGGGAAAAUUGCGUCGCCAGCUUAAAGGAGAGGCUCUGGAAGCUGGAAUCCAGUGCCCUUGAGCAAGAGAAAAUCCAGAACCAGCAGGAAAACACCAUCAAGCAGCUGGAGCAGCUCCGCCAGCGGUUCGAGCUGGAGAUCGAGCGGAUGAAGCAGAUGCACCAGAAGGACCGUGAGGACAAGGAGGAGGAGCUGGAGGACAUCCGCCAGUCCUGUCAGAGGCGGCUCCGCCAGUUGGAAAUGCAGCUGGAGCAGGAGUAUGAGGAGAAGCAGAUGGUCCUCCAUGAGAAGCAGGAUUUAGAAGGCUUGAUUGGAACCCUUUGUGAUCAGAUCGGCCAUCGAGACUUUGACGUGGAGAAGCGUCUUCGGAGGGACCUCAGAAGGACUCAUGCGCUGCUGUCAGAUGUGCAGCUCCUUCUGGGGACCAUGGAGGAUGGCAGGACAUCGAUCAGCAAGGAGGAGCUGGAGAAAGUGCAGAGCCAGCUGGAGCAGAGUGAAGCCAAGUGUGAGGAUGCCUUGAAGACCCAGAAGGCACUGACAACAGACCUGGAGAACAUGCACAGUGAGCUGGAGCACAUGACCCACAGCAAGAGCCUGGUGGAUGAGCAGCUGCACCGGCUGCAGUUCGAGAGGGCAGACCUCCUGAGGCGCAUGGACGAGGACCAGGAUGACCUGAAUGACCUCAUGCAGAAGCACAAGGACCUCAUUGCUCAGUCUGCUGCUGACAUCGGGCAGAUCCAAGAGCUGCAGCUGCAGCUGGAGGAAGCCAAGAAGGAGAAGCACAAGCUUCAGGAGCAACUGCAGGUGGCUCAGAUGCGCAUCGAGUACCUGGAGCGGUCCACCGUGGAUCGAGCCAUCGUCAGCAGGCAGGAGGCGGUCAUCUGUGACCUGGAGAACAAGACGGAGUUCCAGAAAGUGCAGAUCAAGAGAUUUGAGGUUCUGGUGAUCCGGCUUCGGGACAGCCUGAUCAAGAUGGGCGAAGAGCUCUCGCAGGCGGCCACGUCCGAGUCCCAGCAGCGGGAGAGCAGCCAGUAUUACCAGCGACGCCUGGAGGAGCUGAAGGCGGACAUGGAGGAGCUGGUGCAACGGGAGGCCGAGGCCAGCCGGCGGUGCGUGGAGCUGGAGAAGUACGUGGAGGAGCUUGCUGCUGUCAGACAGACCCUCCAGACAGACCUUGAGACAUCCAUCCGGCGGAUCGCUGAUCUGCAGGCAGCCUUGGAAGAGGUGGCGUCCAGUGACAGUGACACGGAGAGUGUCCAGACAGCGGUGGAUCGUGGCAGCGGCGGCGCAAAAGAGAUAGAUAAUGUCUCCAUCCUCAGCUCCCGGCCAGAGGGCAGUCUGCAGUCCUGGUUGAGUUGUACUCUGUCCCUGGCCACAGACACCGUGAGGACCCCCUCAAGACAGUCAGCCGUCAGCAGCCGUACCCUCAGCCCCAGGCUGCAGGAGGAGGCGGGCGAUGCCGAGCGGACCCAGCGCGCAUCGGCACUGGGCGGGGCCCGGGACUUUCGCAGCCAGACCUCGGGGGACAAGGUCGUGUCUCCCCUCUCCCUCCGCCGGAGAAAGUACGCCCACUCUGGAGAUGGCGAAGAGUGUGGCGUCCAGAGAAAGCCUCCAGAGAGGUCAGGAGCGCUGUCUUCCUCCCCGUCUUCCUCCCCGUCUAGCCGUAGUAGAGACACGUCCCCGCUGUCCAGGGACAAGCUGCCGAGUCCGUCCGCCGCCCUGUCGGAGUUCGUGGAAGGCCUCCGGAGGAGGAGGGCGCAGAGAGGCCGGGGGUCGCCGUUGGGCCUGGAGGACGGGCCCACUCUCCCCAUCUACCAGACCACUGGGGCAUCCGCGCUGAGGAGGGCCAGGGCAGGCAGUGACGAGGGGACCCUCUCGCUGAGGUCUGGGUCAGAGUCACCCCUGCACACGGUCGGCGCCCCCGGGUCCUCGGCCGGCCUCCUGCGCUCCACCAGCCUUAAGUGCAUCUCUUCUGAGAGCAUAGGGGGCCCCAGCCUGCUGCCCGAGAAGCAGAAGACCCGGUUCAGUUCCUGCGAGUCCCUCUUAGAGUCGGGACCGGGCCCGGGGAGGAAACCCAGCUCCCCAUCUGCACCCAGGGACUCGUUCUUGUCGCCCACGCUGCGCCCUCGGAGGCGCUGUCUGGAGUCCUCGCUGGACGACGCAGGCUGUCUGGACCUCGGGAAGGAGCCACUGGUCUUCCAGAACCGCCAGUUCGCCCACCUGAUGGAGGACCCCUUGGGCAGUGACCCAUUCAGCUGGAAGGUCCCGAGCCUCAACUAUGAACGCAAGACCAAAGUGAAUUUCGAUGACUUCCUACCGGCCAUCCGGAAGCCCGAGAUGCGUACGUCCUUGGCCAGAGUGGCCAGAGAUGGGCAAGACAGUUCACAGCAUUCAAGUGUCCACUUUGAGACAGAAGAGGCGGACCGGGGCGUUCUCUCAGGGAUCACCACCAUUUUGAAAAAGAGCCCCGAGUCCAGGGAAGACCCUGCUCACCUCUCUGACUCGUCCUCCUCCUCCAGCUCCAUUGUGUCCUUCAAAAGCGCCGACAGCAUCAAGAGUCGGCCUAGAGUCCCGCGGCUGGAGGGUGAUGGUGGUGAGCGAACGUCCCCGGAGACCAGAGAGCUCGGGGCAGGGAGGAAGGACGAGGACGUGGAGAGCAUCAUGAAGAAGUACCUGCAGAAGUAGGGAGCAGCUCAGUGGCAUCGCUGCGGUAACGCCACCUGGGAAUGCGGGACUCUGGGGCUCCAUCACCAAAACUCACGUCCUGUGUCCGUGUAUCAGCUCUGACCUGCGCUUGUUUCCAGCGUCCUGAGAUGCCCUGCCCUCAAAGACUUCCCACCUCCACGACUGUCCAGAGGGAGACCUGCUAGACCUCUCCAGGGGCCCUGAGUCCAGAGCCAGCAUGGCCUCCCUCAGGAGGCUGAGGUGCCCAGUAGAGGUGCAUCCUGUAGGGCAUGGGGCUCCCAGCACACUAGGUCUGUACAAAAUAAAGCAUUGGCUCCUUGG